AUAUAUCUUCAGCAUUUCCCAUAUUCUUUUUCUUUUUGCUACAGAUUUCCAAUCUAUUCUCUUCUCCAAAUUAUUCAAACAAAGAUGGGUGACUCCAUCCUUGGCUCCAUCGUAGCAGCCGCUGUGUCGAAGGUGACUGCUGUUGCUUCUGAUCUGGUGACUGCUUUUGCUUCUGAUCAGGUCAAUUUAGCACUGGGAUGGGAAGAGGAGCUGAAAAAAUUUCAUAGGACAAUGAUGAGGCUCCGAGGUUUCUUACAAGAUGCUCAUGAAAAGAACGUCAGUGGCCACCUUGCUCUGAAGUCGUGGCUCCAGGAUCUUCGAGAUAUUGCAGAUGAGGCUGAUGAUAUACUGGAGGAGGUCGCUUAUGAAGGUAUGCAGCGGGAAGUUAAGAAAUCAAAGGUCAGGCGCUUAACUCUGCCUGACCCCUCGCCCUUGCUAUUUCGCCAGGAAAUGGCUAAUAGAGUUGCGGAUUUGAAUAAAAGACUUGCUGAUAUCAACUCCUCGGCUCAUCAGUUGGGACUGCAAUACAAACUUGCAGACAUGGUUCCUGAACCCAGAGGCAGGGCAGGCCGAGAGACCCACUCUUUUCUUUCAUCCCAAGUUUUUGGAAGAGAGGAAGAUGUCUCUAAAAUGGUCAGCUUGUUGGUUGACUCAAGUAGUCAGCAUGAUCUCCCUGUCAUGAUUAUAGUGGGUAUGGCAGGUCUUGGCAAAACCACUAUAGCAAAAGCAGUGCUUAAAAAUGAAAAAAUACGAGAACAUUUCGGUGAUAAUAAAAUGUGGGUUUGUGUGUCUGAAAAUUUUGAUGACAAAAAGAUUUUAAUGGAGAUGUUGAAGUCUUGCAGUGGAAGUAGCAGUGGUGAUGGGGAUUUUGGAAGCAAAGAUAUAGUGAUGAAGGAACUACAAGAGAAGUUGGGGAAGAAAAAUUAUCUUCUCAUACUAGAUGAUGUUUGGAAUGAGGAGAGACAAAUGUGGGAGGAAUUAAGGGAUUGCUUGUUGGGAAUAAGUGAAAAUAAGGGGAGUAAGAGUAAGGUGCUUGUGACAACCCGGCUUGAAAAUGUUGCAUCACUAAUGGCACUUACCGAUGAACACAUCCACCGUCCCUGCCUAUUAAAGGACGAUGAGUGCUGGAGUAUAAUCAAGCAGAGAGCAUUUGGAAACAAUUCGGUACCUGAGGCGGUAGAGGGAAUUGGAAUACAGAUUGCUAGAAGGUGUAAAGGCGUUCCACUAGCUGCAAGAAUUAUAGGGUGUAUGCGGUUGAAUGAGUGGCAGGCAAUUAUAGAGAAUAGUGUUUGGGAUUCACCGGAAAAGGAGAAGGGGAUCUUGGAUAUAAUAAAAUUCAGCUAUGAUCGCUUGCCCACACUGGCUUUGAAGCAAUGUUUUGCAUUUUGUUCCAUUUUUCCUAAGGAUUUUGUCAUGGAAAGGGAGAUGCUAAUUCAACUUUGGAUGGCUCAAGGAUUUCUUGAAUCAUCUGAAGAAAGUUAUAUGGCAGCAGAAGAUAUUGGUGACAAGUAUUUCAGAUAUUUGUUAUCAUAUUCCCUAUUUCAAGAGGAACGGAGGGAUAAUGUAACUGGGAGUGUUAAAUCUUGUAAGAUGCAUGAUUUGAUUCAUGAUUUUGCUCGGUCAAUUUCAAAAUUUGAGACGCUGAUUGUUGAGAAGUGGCUUGGAAGCAAUAUUUCUCAUGAUGUUAGACAUUUGAAUCUAAUUGAUGGGAGGGAAAUGGUGCCAACAAUUUUAGAAGAUGUUGCUAAGAAGUUGCAGACAUUGUUUUCCAAGCAUGUUUUUUCUAGUGGUGUGCAAGUGGAUCUUAAAAGGUUACGAGUUCUCAGCCUUGAUGAUGCUUCUGAUGCAAAACAAUUGCCAACAUGCUUUGGCAACUCGAAGAGGUUGAGGUACUUGGACAUUUCACGAACUCAAAUGAAAGAACUGCCCGAAUUUAUCUCCGAGUUGUACAAUCUACAGACAUUUAGAUUCACAAACUGCAAAUCUCUUAAAAUGCCUCCAGGAGGAAUAGGAGAUUUAAUCAACUUGAGGCAUAUUUAUUUCAAUGAUGAAGAACGUAUGCCUGCAAACCUUGGGAGACUAACCAACCUACAGACAUUGCCAUUGUUUUUUGUAAGUACAACAAAGGGACGUAAAAUUGAAGAACUGGGAAGCUUAAGAGGACUCAAAGGAGGACUAGAGAUCCGUAAGCUUGAUCUUGUUGAAGGCAAAUCGGAAGCCGAGAAAGCUAAAUUACAUGAGAAGGCAGUUGAUGUGGAAGAUUGUGAUGGAUUAGAGUAUCUACCGAGUGGGCUCUCAUCCUGCCCUGCUCUGGAGGAAUUGGAGAUAUGGCAAUGCUCUAAUUUGGUUUCUAUUCCAGAAGAAGUGAAACAGUUACGGUCUCUUGUGAAGUUGGUUAUUUGGAAAUGUCCAAAAUUUGUUCCUAGUCUGGAAGGAUUUGUCUCUCUGAAAACAGUAAUGUUGAAUGAUUGUGAUGGAUUAGAGUAUCUAUCGAGUGGGCUCUCAUCCUGCAUUGCUCUAGAGGAAUUAAAGAUACUGAAAUGCUCUAAUUUGGUUUCUAUUCCAGAAGAAUUGAAACAAUUACGGUCUCUUGUUAAGUUGGAAAUUUGGAAAUGUCCAAAGUUGAAGUUUGUUCCAAGUCUAGAAGGACUUGUCUCUCUGAAAACAGUAGUGGUGGAAGAUUGUGAUGGAUUAGAAUGUCUACCAAGUGGACUCUCAUCCUGCACUGCUCUGGAGAAAUUAAAGAUAUGGAAUUGCUGUAAUUUAGUUUCUAUUCCUGAAGAAUUGAAACAGUUACGAUCUCUUGUUGAGUUGCAUAUUUUUGAAUGUCGAAAAUUGAGGAGCUUCCCAGAGGAAUUAUCUCUUGAGAGACUCCGCUAUGAAAAUUGCCCUAAUCGGGUGUCUUUUCACGGAGAGUUGAAGGAAUUGCAUUCUCUAACCAUUUUAGGUUGUCCGAAAUUGGUGGGCUUGCUAAAGGAGAGUCUCGGCUGUUGUACUAGGUUGAAGACAUUAGAUAUCGGCCGUUUCUCAGAAGAGCUGGAAGAAUUCCCAAGUCUGAGUUCCAUCCCCGCCUCCCUUGAAGAUUUGACCCUGAUGGGAUGGGAAAAACUAACUCAACUCCCACAAAUUCAACACCUCACUGCUCUAAAGAUGUUGACUAUAUGCAACUUCAGUGGAAUGGAAUCUUUGCCAGACUGGUUUAACAACUUGUCCUCCCUUCAACGGCUUGAUAUUUGGAAGUGCUCAAACAAGUUAAGGGAAAGAUGCACCAAGGGAAGCGGUCCUGACUGGCACAAGAUUUCUCACAUUCCAUGCAUCGCAAUAGAUGGGGAGUUCAUCCAAUCCAAACUGAGGCAAAGAGGUUUGUCUUCUCUUUUUUUCUCACAACUGCACUUAUACGAAUUCCAACACCAAAAAGCAAAAUCUCUCUCCUCAUCCUCUAUCAAUUAAGUUGAUUGAUGCUGCUCCCUCAUUGCUGUUGGGUGCCGCCAAUUAUGUUAUCCCAUCAAAAUUAUUUCUUCUUUCUCAUAUAAAUUCAUGUUUUCUUUUUUCUCACUUUUGAUUCAUAUUCUUAUACUGUACGUAGAUGUGGUUAAUUACGAGUGAAUAAUCAAUGAGUUGAUGGAGUGAUGACUUCUAGAAUUCUGGGUUGAAAUUCUGCAAGCUUCAACGUUGAGGACGAGAGGAAGGAAAGCAGCAGUGUUUGCCAAGCCAAAGACAAUUCUGGUAUGCUUACUAGAAUUUUCUAUGGGUUUAACAUUUAAGGAUUUUGGUUCUGCAUUUGAGUAUGUCUUAAUAUGAUAAAACAAAUUAAUCUUACCCACUUGGAAAUUUGGAUCAUGCAGUCUGUUCUACGAGGGGAUCAGUUUUAAUUAGUUCAGAUUUGGGAGGAUAUUCAAUGUCAUUUCUCAAUUGCUAUACUAAUUCUUUGAAAACCGACCAAUUCACGGGAUUGACUUGGAUGAUGUUUAAGGUCCCUCUGUAAGGACAUGUCACCUGAUUUGAGCCAAAUUGGCAUAAGUUUGCCUGCAUUUCCUACAUGGUCGUUUCAGCAGCGUGUGGGUUUGAUUCCAGCAUGUUGUCUCUUGUUUUGUUUGUGCAUAACUGUGUUUUUUCAAAUUAUCACAACCCACGGUCCUUGGAAAGAGGGAUCCCAAUGUAGGUAUGUCAGCAUAAAAAAUUAAGUUUAUUUGAUUCUUGUUGGCUAAGCACCUUUUAAAAGUUUUUGAUGUGUUAUCGUGAAGUAGAGGUUGCAUAAGAAUAUACAAUACUCGUGCAUUUUAUGGUUGCAGCUUUGCAGGCACCAACCAAACAAUUUUGCAUCUUGUAUUCAAGCUUCCGAAGAACCUGAGGUUUCAGUCUUGAAAAAAAGAAUCUGAGAUUUGAUUUCUGCCAUGUGGUUGCUUGUUUGUUUCCCAUAAUCACACUACUGAUUUUCCUUCAAAAGUAUCCAUAUGGAGUCUUUAUAACUUGGUCUGCAGAUAAACUGGUGGAUGGCAACCAUCAGAGUGCUGCUAAACUUGCAGACAAAAGCAUCUUUGUUUGAUGUUAUGCUACCUACUCACACAAGCCACAACAAAUACAAAGGAUUACAAGAACGCAGAUCACUUCUUGCCAUGUCCUUUUGCAGUUAUAGUCAUGAACACCUGUCUCCUAUGGUCAUGUCCGCAACAGAUAGAAAUACUUGUGUUUUGGAUAUUGAUUCAUAGAUAGCAUGAAAUUAAAGUGUUAAUUCUCAUGUUGCUAAUUUUCAUUCUUUCUGAUAGACCAAGAGGAUUUCGAUUUGAAUAAGUUCUUGUUGCAGCA